GAUCACCUCAACUGGAGAAAAAAAAUUGCUUCAAACAAUUUCCACCAGUCCACUACAUCUCCAAUCUCCAAUUCUACCCUCAACCAACUUGUUCAGGCAGCCAUUGAACCUCCCAAUCAUUCAUUUUACAUAUCCUCAAUUGGCUGCCUUAACCCCUCUCUACCCAUUUUUCCCGCCCAGUUUUCACCCCUUUUGUUGUAGAACGCUCCAUCCAACCUCUUCUUACACUCACUCACAUACACACAUCAACACACAAGAUGCCUCCUCGGCUAGGAGGCCUGCGACGGCUGUCUUGCAGUCUUACAUCCAAUCCCUCACCUUCUCAAUCAUCAGCCCCCUUGUGCCUCUCCUUCACCCUCCUCCUAUCCUCAUCAUCCACCACCGCCCCUUCCCAACGCCGACUACAACAUGACGCCGCCGCUGCUCCAACGCCCGCUGAGCCCCAGAACGACAAAGAUGAAGAAAAGCGGCGAAAAGUGCAUAUGUGGCUAAAGGGCCCGGGUGCGGUGUUUAAGAACCCAAAACCGGGCAGCACAAACUAUAUCAGCGCCUAUAACAACAAUGGCAUGUUGAUCCGCUCCAAGGAGGGCGGCAAAGACACAGAUGCGGAAACGCUGGAAGACCUUAGACCAUUCCCGCUUAAUCCGACGUUUGUGAGCGAGUCAGUUCUCAGUGAGGAUUUAAGGAAUGAGAUUCAUAGACAGGUUGUCGAAUAUGGGAAGUCGCCUAGAGAAGUUAGUGUUAUGCAUGGGGUGGAUUUGAAAAGAGUUGCAGCUGUGGUUAGGUUGGUGGAGCUGGAGAAGAAAUGGGUUGCAGAGAACAAACCUCGCGCAAUCCCGUACGCUCGGGCUGUACAUCAGAUGAUCCCUACGACACCCUUAAAAAAAUACCCUGAGCGGCCUGUUCCCCACGAAUCCAUAAACGAUCUCCCUGUCCACCGUCUCACAGAAGCUCAAAUUUUCCACCCAGUCUCAGAAUCCCGACAAUUCACCCGCGUCGACGCAGGGCGCGUCUUCUCCGCCGCACCCGCCCUCCCCCACGCCUCCGCCAACACCCCACAUAAUACCCCAGAAGCCAUCGAAAAAGUAACUCACAACCCCCACAUGAUCGAAAAACUUGGCAAACCCAACAACGAAGAAGAAGUCCUCCAACCCGCAGACUACCGAAUCCCACACCCUCACCUUGUCGCCUUCGCGCACGACCGGUUCCAGAGACCCGGCGAGUACCGGGAGCACAAGAAGCGGUUUGCGGAGCGGAUUGAGAGGGAAGCGGCUGCCAUGCGGAAGCGGCAGGAAGUUGCAAAGGCGAAGGAAGAGGCAAAGAUGACCCGAAUCCAGCCGGAGGGUAGCCGCUUUGAGUUCCGGUUCAGAGACGUGGUGGUAUCUCGCGAGACGACUGGGAUGGAUGGUCGUGGAACGAGCGCGCCUGGUCGUCGGUAUGGUGUGCCUAGUUAUGAGAGGAAGAGGGGGGCUAUAAAGAUACCCACCAAAGUGGAGGUUUAAAUGCCGGGGAAUUUCGAUCCAGGCCUUUUUUCUCUCUCUUUUUUUUUUUUUUUUUUCAUUGUAUAACUCAUUUUAUGUAUUAUGCAAUUGUGUGUGCGCAGCUGCGCUGUACUGUGUACAAUAAAUACCUCUGUUCCCCCUUCUUGUUUUCAUUGGGCAACACACAGGAUUGGACUGGCUGGGAGGUGAUUAGGAUAUCAUUUUAUUAUUAUUAUUAUCAUCAUAGUUUCUACAUCUGUCAUGAGCCAUAGAGUUCAAGAAGAUGAUCAAAGCCCCGCUAACCCUCCUCCUCACUUGCAUGUAUGUACGAUGAUCCUGCUCGAUUCGACUUUUGCUUCAAGUCGAAUUGCUUUGCUGCUUGAAGGGUAGUAGUAGGUAGAAAGAUGAGCAUGGCAGGCAUAUAGAAGGGAAUAAUCAGGAACUAAAUGGAAAGGGGAAAAAAAAGUGCGCAGCAAAUCUAUCUACACUUCUUAUUGUUUGAGUGAUUGCCAGAGAAGGAAUCGGAAAGAAAAGAGAGAAGAAGAAAAGAGAGAGCAAGAGAAACUUGAAAGAGUUGUUGUAUAUAGUUCUUUUAGGCAAACGCAAAGCAGAACAAUAGAAAAAAGAAAGAGAAAGAGAAAAGAGAAUAUAAACAACUAACAAUAAGAAACUCCUACCAACAAUAGUAAUAUAUAACGAUCAAAUAUUCCCAAGCCAUAUGUAUAUAAAAGAAAAAGAAAAGAAAAAGAAAACAGAAUCAUGCCAACAUUUACU